AUGGCAACAAUCGCAUCGCGUUUUUCGCGUCUCGUGCGUUUUAUUCCCAAGUCAGACGCGUCAAAGAUCCUCUUGGGAGAACCAGUCGACGCCAGCAUCGAUGUUGGAUUGGCAACAUACCGCAAUCAGGAUGUAGAAGUUCGCCUUUUCUCCGGUACAUCGGUGCUGCAGCCGGGAGAGAAGACAGAUACUGUCGAGACGAUCGGGAGGGUUCUCUCCCCGUUGACGAAACAGGAAGUAGGCACGAUUAGAUGUAUUGGCCUGAACUAUGUCUCUCAUGCUAAGGAGAUGAACAUGGCGCUCCCCGCGGUACCACCGCUAUUCCUCAAGCCUGCCACAUCACUUGCGGAUCCAUGGCCGGCAAACUCGAUUCUGCCAAAGAUCACCCAGCUCGAUAAUACGGGCGAUUAUGAGUCUGAAAUGGCCAUUGUAAUUGGCCGCGAUGCGAAGAACGUUAGCGAAGCUGAUGCUUUGGAUUAUGUCCUCGGAUAUACUGCCGCCAACGACAUCUCCAGUAGGACGUCACAGAUGGCGCAGAGUCAGUGGUGUUUCUCAAAGGGUUUUGAUACCUCGUGUCCUUUGGGACCCGUCCUGGCUUCGGCCUCAUUGAUCCCAGACGCGUCUAAGCUCCGUAUUCGGGGCCUGAAGAACGGAAACCCCGUACAAGACUGCGGACUAGAAGAUAUGAUUUUCACCGUUCCCCAACUAAUCAGCUUCCUCUCACAAGGAACAACUUUACCAGCAGGAACUGUCAUUUUAACAGGAACACCACCUGGAGUUGGCGCAGCUUCGAAGAACUUCCUAAAGGCGGGUGAUGAAUUUGCUGUUGAGUUGCUCCCUCAUGUGGGGACUUUGAUUACCAAGUUCGUCAAUGAGUGAGGGAGGAUCCUUGGGGGAUUUUCAGGAAGUCUGUUUUAUAGAGACAGUUGUUAUAGAUAUCCAUAUUCAGGGACGGAUAUAAAAAUGAAAUUCUCAGC